AUGAAGAAUUCAGCUUUGCGCCAGAGGAAAGGAAAAGUUGCGAUGGGUACAGAGACAGGCAAAAAACACCCUGCAGGUUGGCAUCGCUGGGAGGUGAGCAGAAGACUCUAAUGUCUGUGGGACCUUAGAUUGUCAGCUCAUUAUGUUACCUAUUUUGAUGAAGGAACUGUUAUGGCAGUUUAUUCCCUAAACAGCAAAUAAAACAAAAGCCAAAAUGCCAACUUUAGGCCAAAAUAUUCAAUUUGCAGGGAAUUCAAAGAUAAUUUAAAUGUUUAGGCCAAAAAUAACCUAAUUCAAAAUAUAGUUCAAUUUGAGUAUUUUUUAAUUUUGUCUUUUUUAGACUAAAAUGUAAAAUUCUCUGGUGAAUUACAGACAAGUCAAUGGUUUAGUAAGUAACUCUGUUGUUCACUGAAUUGGCUGUUGUGCAGAAUCAACAAGUGAGCUGAAUAUGAUAUAAUAAUAGCAGAAUUAAACAAAUUCUCUUUUUGGCCUAAAUUUAAAGAAAUAUGUAUCUCUUUGCAAUAUUCCACAGAUCUGAGCUUAGAGAAUAUUCCUGACCAAUCCUGAGCAUCUUUGUGAGUUGUGCUGGCUCUGUUUUUGCAUCUUUUUUGUUUCAAUGUUAUAAAGAUCAAGGGAUACUAGACCACAGAAUGAUUCUACAGGAGCUUAAAAAACAAUAUUUCAUUGAAUGCCUCCUACAGCAUAAUUGAGUCUACAUUUUGCAGGGUAGCCCUUUUCAUGUAACGUCCUCCAACAUGUAGUGUUGAUGUUGGUCCAGGAAAUUCUGUGUGAGCUGAACAUGAAAAUUAGUAUAACAUAGACAAUGCCAUCGAAGGGGCUUCUGCAACAGCAAGAAUGGAUAAUUGGAAAAAUAAGCUGUUAGUACUGUAAAGACAGAGCGGGUUUAAAAUCUAUUCUAAAAAUGUUACACAGCAGCCAAAUAAGCAGUAUUAUAUUAGGACUGUCGUGGCAACACAGGGCUGUUGGCAUGUGUUAAAGAAUUUACUUAUUUUGUGUUCUGGAAGGAGCGAAUCAGAUCUUUUAUCCAGCUGUGUUUCUAGGUAACGGACGGAAGUCUGUAGAACACAGCCAGCUGUGGACUGUGGCUCCCAUGGUGCUCAGCCAAUCCAUUAAUCUUGUUCACAGUGCCCCGAAAAUGUGACAGCUCCCUCUCUCCUCUCUCGCAGAUCAUGACCGUCUGCAGCUCUCUCUUCCUGUUGCUUUACAUCUGGAUUUAUUACGAGAAUUUCCAUUUCCACGUCACUCACUUCUACGCCCAGCUGGGAUAUCCAAGCGCUCAGCACCUUGUGGGGCAGCGAUACUUGAGAGGUAUAAAAAAAUAUAAAUUAAAAUCUACCAGUAAAUGCGACAUGACCAGAAAGAAACUGUCUGCAAAAUUCUUAAAAUAACGUAAUUUAACAUAGAUUAACAUAGAUUUUUCACCACAGAGCCUAAAAUCUAUUUGAAACAGGGUCCAUAGCCUAACUGAGAAAAAAAACAGCAAUUUUAAAUACAGAUUGCAGAACACAAAAAAAAAAAAAAAAAACACACACAAUUUUUCAUUCCUCUUUUACAAAACUAAAUGAGGGAAUCAAAUGUAGAGAAUAAAUGGAAUUUAUAAGUGGACUGGGAUUCUAACCUAGUGGUCACUUUUUCAUAAGAGUGACCUUUCUCAGUUAUUAUUUCUAUUCAUAAAUGGAAUUCUGAUUUCUGAAUAGAAGCAAAAAUAACUUAUUUUAUUACAUACAGUAAAUGAGACCAAAAAAAAGAUCAUUAAAAUGACCAAAUAUCCCGCCUAUGGGUGUUUAUAAUGAACCAGCCGAUAUUCCCUAACAUGCAAUCAGAAUGUAAACAUGAAUUAUUUAUGAGAGCAAACAGUCCUCAUACACUAUGUACAGUAAGGUAACCAACGCCAAGAAUCUGAGCUUUACAGAGCUUCACAUUCUGCAGUCACAGCCUGAAAAAAAGUCCUGUAGCGACGUCCCAUUCUCUGCCUAAUUCCUGGAGGCCUUAUUACAACCCCCUGCUUUGACCUGUAGAGGCUACUGUUGAGUCUGGGAUUGUGAAUGGCAUUUACAGUCUCUCUGCAGAGACGCAGGGUGGAUUGAUUAAAGAAGCGAUUAUAGGCCACGUUUUAUUUUGUAUUGUUUUGUACAGGCGUUGGCACGUGUAUUCAUAGCAUUGACAGUGAUGGGGUUUAGUGACAUACUGAUUUACACAAUAACAUUGUUCGGAUUUUCUUUGUGUGUAGGAGUUGGGGUCCGCAGGAAUCCAGAUCUUGCCGCACACUGGUUCAGGUGAGCUGGGCCUUUCAUUUUGGAUUUGGCACUGAUGUUACUAGAUUGACUGGUUUGCCCAAGGCUUGUUCCCCAUCAUGGACCUGACCGCCGUACUGGCUGAACAUUUUCUAUCUUAUUAUUUCUUUGUAAAUUGUUUUAUAGGUUUGGAAGAAUAGGGCAGAGCUUGGCAUGCUGUGUUCCUUGAUUAUUCAGUUAAAAUAUUAGAGUUUUUAAAGUUCACUCGGUCCCUUUUUUAAUUCUUCAGACGCCCAGAAAUGCAGGUUGUACAGCUCUGGCUGACUCAAAUAUUUCCCCUCACAUGUAGGGGGAGUUUCUGUAUUUUAAGUUGUUUUUGUAUUACACAGCCAAUGCCAUGUCACCUGAUGUAGUUGAUUAGGAGUCUUCAGUGUGGUAGUGGAUACAUAGGGCAUGGUGCAGGAUACCAGAAGCCAGACCUCUGAACAGAACAGAGUAGGUCCUGAAAAGUGAGAUUUGUUCGGACUUCAAAAUCAAUUCAGAGGGUAUUUAAAUUUAAGGCCAAAGUAGCCAAGCUGAAACCACGGGGCCCCGGUGCAUACUUUAACCCACUGCCACCCCCCCAUACGUCUACAAUCCCACUCCCAUAUGUUCUCCCCACACACAUGCAGACACACACACACACACAUGUACAGAAAAACACACAUACAUACAUACAGACACACACACACAUACAAACACACACAUAAAUAAAGACACAUACAUACAUACAAACAAACACACACACACAAAGAGAGACACAUACAUACAGACACACAUACAGACAAGCACACACACAUACAUACAGAAACACAUACACACAUACAUGCAUAAACACACAUACAGACAGACACAUACAUACAAACACACAUACAUAUAUACAUACACAAACAGAAACAUACAUACACAUACAUACACACACACACAGACACAUACAUACAGACACACACACAGACAUACACACAUACAUACAUACAAACACACACAUAUACACACACAGACACAUACGUUACAGACAGACACACAUACACAUACAUACAGACACACAGACAGACAUACAAACACAUACACAUACAGAGAAACAUUCAUACAGACACACAAACACACACACACACAUACAUACAAACACACAUAUAUACAGACACAUACAAACACAUACAAUGUUUUAGUCACCCUCCUGUUUCCUACCUUAUAGGUGCAGGACGAUGACUUCCCUGAGGUCCCAGUGGUGGCUCAGCCUGAUGGGAGUCAGAGUUCCCACUCUGCCUCCCUCCUCUCCUUCCUCCCGCACGGCGCUGUGUGUAAGCUGAUAGAGGUGACUGGGGCAGUCACUUCCUCCAAGCUCUGAUGUCAUCACAGGGGGCCCGGUCACUCUGUUAAAGAGCCGCAGCCCCGCCCGGGCCCCCUGAUAAUUCAUUGCCAUCGGGUGGCCCUAACAGCAUGGGCCACCCAAUGGGCCCCUUCAAUACGGCCCCUGCAGUUAUACCACGUGGGCCGGGGCCGCGUUACAUAGCCGGCAGGCACCAUGGUCGCAGGGGUCCGCAGGGCGGCUGGGCCCCCUGGAGUGCCAGGCCCGGUCUUUCCUUUUCAGAAAGUUUACAUUGCUACCUAGUCGCACCUUUAAGUGCAGUCACUCAGACGGCCACUAGAGGUGCUUCCUAUCUCAAUGCUGCACAGUGUGAACGUUCCUUAUAGAGAUUCAAUGCGUCUCUAUGAGGAGGAGCUGAUUUGCACAGAGUUUUGCCGCGCAUGCACAAUAGCCUCUCAAUUCUUUCCUAUGGGAAAGCACUGUAUUGGCCGAGGACAUUAAGAAUGCUGAUCUCAGCCAUGGUGGUGGGACGGAGGGCGGCGAGUAAAUUCACCUUUCCUGGGCGAUUGGAGCAAGGCCGGCCACCUGAACAGCCACACCAGGUAACACUAUAGUGUCAGCAAUACACUACAUGUUUGUAAUCCUGACACUAUAGUGUUAAUUUAAGGAUAGGAAUAAACAGACAUAUACAAGAUCAGGUAGGGACACGUAGUGUUUAUUUAUGGCUGUGUAGGGACACUUAGUGUUUAUUUAAGAUGUUUAUUAACUAAAUGCUGAAUUGUACUGAUUUUAAAAAAUAUUAGGUGAAAAACUCCCGUUGUAAAUUUUGAGAAAUGCUACUUUAAGCCAGGUAACCUUAAACUGCUUUUUAUACUAGAUGUACAGGAGAAAGCUUUUGUUUGUAUCAGCAGCAGUAACAGAGUUGUUAAGUCUGUAUUUUCAUUUAAAGGGAUACAAUACACAUGAUAAUCACUUCAUCUCAUUGAUUGCCUGCAGUCCCAUGGCUCCGACUCACGGUUUAGUGUUAAACCAUUUUCAAAUAGUUUAACAUUGAAUUGGAGGUCACUAGCACCUGCGACCCAGACCCCCAUGCAGGUACAGCUAAGGCAAAGUUACACUCUAAGCUGUACAGAAAAUGAACUGCCUGGUCUCCCGUAGUAAUAUCCAAAAUGUUUAUUCUCCCCUUGGGGACAUUAAGAUUAUCCGUAGCUAAAUCCUUUGUUGCCAGAAGCCAAAUGCUGUAAAACAACAGGUAGAGUCACAAAAAAACUUAUGUCAACAUGUUUCAUAUUAAAGGACCACUAUAGUCACCCAGACCACUUCAGCUCAAUGAAGUGGUCUGGGUGCCAGGUCCCCCAGGUUUUAACCCUUUACAUGUAAACAUAGCAGUUUCAGAGAAACUGCUAUAUUUACAUUGCAGGGUUAAUCCAGCCUCUUGUGGCUGUCUUCCUGACAGCCGCUAGAAGCGCUUCUGCGACGCUGAAUGCGAAAAUCGCAUUCAGCGUGCAGAACGUCCAUAGGUAAGCAUUGAGAAAUGCUUUCCUAUGGACUGUUUGAAUACGCGCGCGGCUCUUGCUGCUCAUGCGCAUUGGGAGCUGAUGUCGGCGGGGGAGGAGAGUUCACCAGUGCCAAGGGAGCCUGGCGCUAGAUUAAGGUAAACUGCUGAAGGGCUUUUUAGCGGGAAGCGGGCCCUGAGGAUGGGGGGGACCUAAGGGUUAUAUAGUGUCAGGAACACGAGUUUGUUUUCCUGACACUAUAGUGAUCCUUUAACUUGUAAACAUUAGUUCUUUGCAUGCCUGUAUCUGUUGUUUUACAGAAUUUAGCUUCUGGCAACAAAGGAUUGUUUUCACUACAGAUGAUAUUAAUUUUCCUAAGGGGUGAAAAAAUAUUUCAAAUUUUAAUAUUGGAGUGACGGAGGUUUAUUUUCCUUACAGUUUGUAUUGCAACAUUGUUGGGAUUUACCACGGUUCGUGAACCGAGGCAGGUAUUUAAAUAUGGUAAUUGUUAAUAGCUUUAUUAUUAUUAUUUAUAAAGCGCCAACAAAUUCUGCAGCGCUGUACAAUGGGAUGUUAAUAAACACGGAAGUGGUGAUAUAUAGAAGUUAUUCACAUCUCGGGGUGGGGGGGGGAUUGCUCCUCAUGGCAUAUGAGGUUUGUGUUUAAAGUUACAGUGUGCCUUAUACCAGCCCACUGUCUUUCAUCACUGCUUGUGUUAAUGCAGAGACAAUAAACUGUGAGCCAGCAUUAGUGAACACCAGACACCAUAACCACUUCAAAGAGAAGAAUUGGAUUUGAUGCCUAGAGUGUUCUUUUAAGAUGGUCCUUUACUGUUACAGGAACAUUGCAGAGAGGCCAAACAAGUGUUUCUUUUUCCAUGUUUAUUAAUUAAUUUCAUGCAGUCCAUUACAGCCAGUGAAUGAGAAUGGGUUACAUGCGAUACAGUUAACAAUGGGUUACAUGGGCUAUUCAAGCAGUCUUAGCAAUAUUCUGCCUUACACAAUGUCGGUACAAUAUCACAUAAUCAUUAUUAUGUAAGGGGCACAAGACUGUCAUGAUCACAUUUUGGACCAGCACCUAAGUGUGGCUUCAGUGUCAUGACCUAUAGACUGUAAGCUCGUUUGAGCAGGGUCCUCUUCAACCUAUUGUUCCUGUAAGUUUUCUUGUAAUUGUCCUAUUUAUAGUUACAUCCCCCCUCUCAUAAUAUUGUAAAGCGCUACGGAAUCUGUUGGCGCUAUAUAAAUGGCAACAAUAGUAAUAAUAAUAAUGACUUAAAGAGACAUUUCGGAUUCCUAAAGCACUUCAAGGGACACUCCAGGCACCCAGACCACUUCUGCCCAUUGGAGUGGUCUGGGUGCCAACUCCCACUACCCUUAACCCUGCAAGUGUAAUUAUUGCAGUUUUCAAAAACUGCAAUAUUUACAUUGCAGGGUUAAGUCCUCCUCUAGUGGCUGCCUACUAGACAGCCACUAGAGGAGACUUCCGUGUUCAUAGAACAUGAAAAGUGGUUUAAAACGAUGCUGGACAUCCUCACGGUAUGUGAGGACCUCCAGCGUCGCCAAAAUCCCCAUAGGAAAGCAUUGAAAGCAUUAUUCAAUGCUUUCCUAUGGGGAGGUCUAAUGCGCGAAUUAGGUCUCCCCCGCUGACGGCCUCGCAUGCACAUUACGUCUCCCCUGCCGGCUGACGUCGGCAUGGGAGGAGCGUAGGCGGAGCCUGACCCAGCACCGAGGGACAUCGGCGCUGGACUCCAGUAAGUCACUGAAGGGGUUCUAACCCCUUCAGCAACUUGGGAUGGGGGGUGGGAGGUAGGGCACUAGAGGGUACUGCAGGGCAAGGAAAACGAAUAUGUUUUCCUGGCACUGGAGAAUCCCUUUCAGCUUGUUAAAUUAAUUUAUACGUGAAGAGUAUGUCCUCUUUUUCAUUUUACAGAAAGUGCUGUUUUAUCAAUUAGCCUUAUUAUAACCUCCCCCCCCAUGGUGGCUGUGAAUCAGAUAACCGGUCCUGUAACUUCCUGGUUGUUUAGCUCAGUGGAGAUACGUUCAAGAGGCAGCAACUGCUCAGAGCACCUGCCUUGCAAAGACUUUUUUCAUUGACCUACUUUGGGAAGUCUGUGAUUGGACAGCCACAGAAAGUCUGGGUGGGCUUAGAAGGGGAGGGUUUGUAAAGGCUGCAGACGAGGGAACUGCAGAUUUUGCAAGCUGUUUUAGAAAUAACCCCAAUGAAAACAAAUGCAUAAUUAAACACAUGCAUAUUUUAAUUUGGGGAACAACUACUAAACUGUGAAUUUUUUUAAUCUAUUUGUUUUCGAGUCAUGAAGUGUCCCUUGUUUUUGCCAAAUUGCACCUUAGAUGCAAAGGUCCAGGUCAUUAACAAUCUUCUUAUUAAUCUAUGUAUAGGAGAGUCUCCCAGAUCCUUAACGUUACAGUUUUUCAAUCAUGUCAAGAUCUUGGAGAGUCCCUUAGUGUCUUUGAUUAUAUACCAAAGGGACAUUAUAGUGCCUCUGAAGUCUUACUGCUCAAUUCUCUGCCAUUUAGGAGUUGAAUCACUUUUUUGUCUGUCCAUGCAGCCCAAUCCACACCUGGACACACAGCCUGCAUGAAAACAAAAAUGUUGUAACCUACUUUCGAUGUUUUUAUCUCCUCCUCUGUAAAUUGAAUUAAAAUCAUAAAUAGGGGACUUCUACAAAGCUUCUAGCAAGCCUUUAACAGUGCAGGAGAUGGAAAAAAAUUCUAAAUUAAACAGACUGUGCAAUUAAGAAAGUAUAGAAAAUAAAUCUCUCUUUACAGGAAGUGUUUAGGAAAACUGUGGAUGUUACUUGCAGAAAGGUGUGAUUUGGGCUACUGAAAGACAGAGAAUUGAGCAGUGAGACUGCAGGGGCAUAAUCUAUACACCAGAAUUGCUUCAUUAAGCUAAAGUUGUUUUGGUGCCUAUAGUGUCCUUUUACACAUAUAGGGUUGAUUAUCUCAAAAUGAAACUUGCUUCACAAGAUGUCUGAUCUCUCAUCACUUACCACCUCUGACUCUUGCUCCUGCUUGUAAUUCUUAUUCACCUGAAAAGCGUGUACUUACAUGGACUUGAUACAUACUACUCUUCUUCUAAUGUUACAAUGUUUUUACUGUAUGUUGUGCAGUUUAUAUAUUGUUUUCUUUUUGUGUCUUUCCAUAAUCUUGCAGCCGUGCAGCUCAGAACAUCGUGUAUGCCAGCUCCGCACAGAACCAAACCCUGGACUUGUAG